AUGUCACAUCCCCAUCACCACCCACAUGGCCCAAAUUUAAGGCUGGCUUCAAACCCAGCGCAGGAAUAGAAGAGGACCAGACGUCAACAAAGCUUUGCCACGUUCCUCCUCAGCUUGACCCCUCCACAAGGAGAGUCUCCAGACGACCUGGUGGGGUCACGAGGGGUCAGGGGUCACAGACACUGCCCGACAAAGACGUCCACAUGCCUGUGUCAAAACACCAGCUGGCGCAACCAUCACAGGGUUGCUGAGUUUUCCGAUCAAGAACCCUCCCAGCUCCGCCACCCAUGUCCUCAAGGGAUAUGGAAGAAGAUCCACGAUGGCGCAAACAAACCAGAGUAGAAUCCUCCCUGAAGAUGUUUUCAUCUCAAGAGAAAAUCCAGCCGAGCGAAGGAGAAGAAAGCACGGCGUCUGGAGGAGAGGGCAGCUAUGGAUGCCGUCUGCGCCAAGGUGGACGCUGCCAACAAGCUUGAUGACCCACUGGAUGCCUUCCCAGCCUUCAAAAAGUACGACAGAAACGGUUUGAACCUGCAGAUCGAGUGCAAACGAGUGACUGCCCUCAACCCACUCUCUGUGGAGUGGGCCUUUGAACUCACCCGUGCCAACAUGCAGACUCUCUAUGAGCAGAGCGAGUGGGGCUGGAAGGAGCGGGAGAAGCGAGAGGAGAUGAACGACGAGAGGGCAUGGUACCUGCUCGCCCGUGACGGAGACUCAGCCCCCGUGGCAUUUUCUCACUUCCGGUUUGACGUGGAGUGCGGGGAGGAGGUGCUAUAUUGCUAUGAGGUGCAGCUGGAGAGCAAAGUGCGGAGGAAAGGGCUUGGCAAGUUCCUCAUCCAGAUUUUACAGCUCAUCGCUAACAGUACACAGAUGAAGAAAGUGAUGUUGACUGUUUUUAAACACAACCAUGGGGCGUACCAGUUCUUCAGAGACGCUCUACAGUUUGAAAUGGAUGAGACCUCACCAAGCAUGUCCGGUUGCUGCGGCGAUGACUGCUCCUACGAGAUCCUGAGCCGGCGGACCAAACACGGCGAGGCGUCUGUUGGUCACAGCCACGGUGGCAGCCACUGCGGCGGCUGCUGCCACUGAUGGGUUGGUCUCCGAAAGGCAGUAGUGUGUUACUGCUUUUUUUUUUUGUUUGUUUUUUUGUUUUGUUUUUUUUCUUUAAGUUUUUAAAUAGGCCGCUCCACUGAGAGUCGUGCACUGUUACAGAUGGUGAUGUUUUGGAGUGUUUUCCUGCUGUAAAAGCAGCAUGUGAGCUUUUCUUGUUUUGUUUAAUCUUUUCCCGGCUUCUCAUUCCGAUUCAUUACGUUGUCACUGCAAUAGACCUUGUCUUGUCCCAUCUUUUUCAUAAACACGGUUAGCAGCUGCACCCUCCUCUAUCCGGGCGGCAACCAUGUACACUUGAAUCCGUUAUGAGACAACAACAUGAUGAUUCUUGCAUUUACCUCUUGUUGACUUCAUCUGUUCUUUGUGCGUUUCCCCAUUGUUGUGGUCGCAAAGUGUUUUCUGCCUCCUUGAGUGACGCAGUAUAAGUGCACUCUCUUUCUAAGACUAUCCAAUCAAGCCUUUUAUGUUGUGACAGAUGCGAGGCUUUGUUAUGUACAGCUCUUCAACAUGUGGGAGCAACAGUGCACCCAUUUCAUUUUCACAAGUCUUAAUGACAAUUGUGCCACAAUUAAGCAGUAACGUUUCAAUUUCAAACAUUUUAACCACGCCUUUUCCUCCCUCAAAUCUGAGAUUUUAUUUUAGCGCCGUGAAGACGACCUGGAACGGCAGCAGCAGAGGUGUAGUUCUUGUUCAUAUGUUUACAAAGCCUACAGGGUACAUUUGGAGUGCUUUUAAUCUGCAUCAGACCCAUAGGCCACCAUAAAAAACCCUUUUUAGGUCAAAUGCUUUGUUUACUCAUCAGUGAAUUCAAAUGUGGGCCUUUUGUAGUUCCAUUAUGAUUAGCUCAAGGUUACACUGAGAUUGCGUACUGAUUAAUGCCUUGUAGAAUGAUGUGCGACUGAUAAGCAAGAAAAGUGUUCAAGAUACACUCCCAACAUAAGCUACAAUGAAAAAAAUUUUAAAAAGUAGGAUGUUGUACAUAGUGAUGAUGUGUUCACUGACUGACUUGUUGGGACUUUUCCAGGUGGAGUCAGCAUUUGUUUUUUCUCAUUCCAUUUUAAUAAGAACUGUGGAUAGUUGUAGUUGUAAUAAUAAAGCCCAUGACUUGCUCCUGCAAUUCAUUGAAAAAAACGACUUCUGUUUGUAAAAAAAAAAAAAAGGAUGCUCGUUAGUACUCCUUAACUCCAUUAAAAGUACCAGAUUUUAAGUAAGAGUUUGUCCAUUUUUUGGUGUAUAAUCUUACACUCUGAUCACAGAACUUUAUCUGGAUUUUUUCUCCCCUAGUAUGUAUACAUCCUAUAUAUGCUCUUGUGGAUUUCAUCUUGAGGUAAAAUACUUUCUAAACAAGAAACUUUAAAAUUGUGUUAGAGGGAUGCAUACAGUCCAUUCAUCAAAAUGGAAUGGAAUCAAGUGAUUCUGCCUUGUCAGUGUUUUGUUUGUAUGUUACAAAUAAAAUGAAGUUGUUUGACUUUU